AUGCCAGGAAGCAAUUGCACCCAAGCAACGGAAUUCAGCUUGGCAGGAUUCACCGAGGAACUGGCAACUCAGGUCACCCUCUUCCUGCUCUUCCUGCUCAUCUACCUUGUCACUAUCCUGGGGAACCUGGGCAUGAUCACCUUGGUCAGAGCCAGUGCCCUGCUCCAUUCCCCCAUGUAUUAUUUCCUGGGCAACCUGGCUUUUGUGAACCUCUGCACUUCCACCAUCAUCACCCCCAGGAUGUUGGUUGGGGUUUUACUGGGGAAGAAGGGAAUCACCUACGCUGGGUGCAUGGCUCAGAUAUUCACUUUUGGCCUGUUUGUGGUCACUGAGUGUUUCCUACUGGCUGCAAUGGCCUAUGACCGAUAUGUGGCCAUUUGCCACCCCCUGCUCUACCCCCUUGUCAUGUCCCCAGAGCGCUGCUCCCAGCUGGUGACCGGCUCCUACCUCCUGGGGCUGACCAAUGGUGUGGGACAAGCCAUUGGCAUGUCCAGCUUGUUCUUCUGCAGCUCCAGCACCAUCGAUCUGUUCUUCUGUGACAUUUCCAUGCUGAUCUCCCUCUCCUCCUCUGACACCACCCUCAGCCUCGUCAUCCUGAGGACUUCAUCUUUGCUUGGUGUUCCCAGCCUGCUGGUGGUCCUGGUGUCCUAUGUGGCCAUCAUCUCCACCAUCCUGAGCAUCAGCUCAGCUGAGGGCAAGCACAAAGCCCUCUCCACCUGUGCCUCCCACCUCACUGCCGUCAGCACCUUCUAUGGGCCAUUGGUUUUCAUGUACUUAAUCCCCAGGUCAGACACCUCCAGGGGAGGGGAUAAAUGGGCUGCUGUGCUCUACACUGUGGUGACCCCCAUGCUGAACCCCUGGAUCUACAGCCUGAGGAACCAGGAGGUGAAGGAGGCUUGGAGGAGACUCAGGAAAAUAAAAUGA